GCGCGGGGAGGAGGAGGAGCCGCGGCGGGCCCCGCACUGCAGCGCCAACGUCCGAGCGGGCGGCCGAGCUCCCGGAGCGGCCUGGCUCCGAGCCCCGAGCGGGCGUCGCUCAGCAGCAGGUCGCGGCCGCAGCCCCAUCCAGCCCCGCGCCCGCCAUGCGGUCCGCCGACCCCGCCUGAGCCGCGGCCUCCGCGCGCGGGCGGGCCUGGGGACGGCGGGGCCAUGCGCGCGCUGCCCUAACGAUGCCGCCCGCCGCGCCCGCCCGCCUGGCGCUGGCCCUGGGCCUGGGCCUGUGGCUCGGGGCGCUGGCGGGGGGCCCCGGGCGCGGCUGCGGGCCCUGCGAGCCCCCCUGCCUCUGCGGCCCAGCGCCCGGCGCCGCCUGCCGCGUCAACUGCUCGGGCCGCGGGCUGCGGACGCUCGGUCCCGCGCUGCGCAUCCCCGCGGACGCCACAGCGCUGAGAUAAAAACAACAGGUGGCCUUUAUGGAGACGCUGCCCAGAGCCAGGUCUGUGCCAGGCUCCUGUUGGGGGUCGUCAUGCGGAAUCCUGACUCUGACCAUCCGAGGCAUAGGGACCGUGGAGAUUUGCAUUUCACAGAUGAGGAAACAGGCUCCAGGCUCCUCGCCGGGACAGUGUCUCCUUGGGUGCGUGCUGGAUCCCUGGGGGACGUGGCACAUCCCCAGGCUUGCUAAACAUUGGGCUCUGGUCCUGGGAUUUGGAGGAGGGGGACCCUGGGAGUUGGUGGCCUGUCCCAGCCUGAGCUGGCAAGAUUCCAAAUGCCAGGCCCCUCAAGUGUGCAACAGGGCACAGGGCGACCUCAUGUGGGCAGGCCCAGUGCAGGAUGCCGAGAACCUCCUCGUGGGAGCGCCCAGUGGGGACCCGCAGGGACCCCUGACGCCUCUGGCACAGCAGGACGGCCUGUCAGCCCCGCACGAGCCCGUGGAGGUCAUGGUAUUCCCGGGCUUGCGUCUGAGCCGUGAAGCCUUCCUCACCAUGGCCGAAUUUGGGACCCAGGAGCUCUGGCGGCCCGCCCAGCUGCGGCUGCAGGUGUACCGGCUCCUCAGCACAGCAGGGACCCCGGAGAACGGCAGCGAGCCUGAGAGCAGGUCCCCGGACAACAGGACCCAGCUGGCCCCCGCGUGCAUGCCAGGGGGACGCUGGUGCCCUGGAGCCAACAUCUGCUUGCCGCUGGACGCCUCCUGCCACCCCCAGGCCUGCGCCAAUGGCUGCACGUCAGGGCCAGGGCUACCCGGGGCCCCCUAUGCGCUAUGGAGAGAGUUCCUCUUCUCCGUUCCCGCGGGGCACCCCGCGCAGUGCUCGGUCACCCUCCACGGCCAGGAUGUCCUCAUGCUCCCUGGUGACCUCGUUGGCUUGCAGCACGACGCUGGCCCUGGCGCCCUCCUGCACUGCUCGCCGGCUCCCGGCCACCCUGGUCCCCAGGCCCCGUACCUCUCCGCCAACGCCUCGUCAUGGCUGCCCCACUUGCCAGCCCAGCCGGAGGGCACUUGGGCCUGCCCUGCCUGUGCCCUGCGGCUGCUUGCAGCCACGGAACAGCUCACCGUGCUGCUGGGCCUGAGGCCCAACCCUGGGCUGCGGCUGCCUGGGCGCUAUGAGGUCCGGGCAGAGGUGGGCAAUGGCGUGUCCAGGCACAACCUGUCCUGCAGCUUUGACGUGGUCUCCCCAGUGGCUGGGCUGCGGGUCAUCUACCCUGCUCCCCGCGACGGCCGCCUCUACGUGCCCACCAACGGCUCAGCCUUGGUGCUCCAGGUGGACUCUGGUGCCAACGCCACGGCCACGGCUCGCUGGCCUGGGGGCAGUGUCAGCGCCCGCUUUGAGAAUGCCUGCCCUGCCCUGGUGGCCACCUUCGUGCCCGGCUGCCCCUGGGAGACCAAUGAUACCCUGUUCUCAGUGGUAGCACUGCCGUGGCUCAGUGAGGGGGAGCACGUGAUGGACGUUGUGGUGGAAAACAGCGCCAGUCGGGCCAACCUCAGCCUGCGGGUGACGGCGGAGGAGCCCAUCUGUGGCCUCCGCGCCACGCCCAGCCCCGAGGCCCGUGUACUGCAGGGAGUCCUAGUGAGGUACAGCCCCGUGGUGGAGGCCGGCUCGGACAUGGUCUUCCGGUGGACUAUCAACGACAAGCAGUACCUGACCUUCCAGAACGUGGUCUUCAAUGUCAUUUAUCAGAGCGCGGCGGUCUUCAAGCUCUCACUGACGGCCUCCAACCACGUGAGCAACGUCACUGUGAACUACAACGUCACCGUGGAGCGGAUGAACAGGAUGCAGGGCCUGCGGGUCUCCACAGUGCCGGCCGUGCUGUCCCCCAGUGCCACGCUGGCACUGAUGGCGGGCGUGCUGGUGGACUCGGCCGUGGAGGUGGCCUUCCUGUGGACCUUUGGGGAUGGGGAGCAGGCCCUCCACCAGUUCCAGCCUCCGUGCAACGAGUCCUUCUCGGUUCCAGACCCCUCGGUGGCCCAGGUGCUGGUGGAGCACAAUGUCACGCACACCUACGCUGCCCCAGGUGAGUACGUCCUGACCGUGCUGACAUCUAAUGCCUUCGAGAACCGGACGCAGCAGGUGCCUGUGAGCGUGCGUGCCGCCCUGCCCUCCGUGGCUGUGGGUGUGAGUGACGGCGUCCUGGUGGCCGGCUGGCCCGUCACCUUCUACCCGCACCCGCUGCCCUCGCCUGGGGGUGUUCUUUACACGUGGGACUUCGGGGACGGCUCCCCUGUCCUGACCCAGAGCCAGCCGCCUGCCAACCACACCUAUGCCUCAAGGGGCACCUACCACGUGCGCCUGGAGGUCAACAACAUGGUGAGCGGUGCGGCGGCCCAGGCGGAUGUGGGCGUCUUUGAGGAGCUCCGCGGGCUCAGCGUGGACACGAGCCUGGCCGUGGAGCAGGGCGCCCCCGUGGUGGUCAGCACCGCGGUGCAGACGGGCGACAACAUCACAUGGACCUUCGACAUGGGGGACGGCACCGUGCCGUCGGGCCCGGAGGCCACAGUGGAGCAUGUGUACCUGCGGGCACAGAACUGCACAGUGACCGUGGGUGCGGCCAGCCCCGCCGGCCACCUGGCCCGGAGCCUGCACGUGCUGGUCUUCGUCCUGGAGGUGCUGCGCGUCGAGCCCGCCGCCUGCAUCCCCACGCAGCCUGACGCGCGGCUCACGGCCUACGUCACCGGGAACCCGGCCCACUACCUCUUCGACUGGACCUUUGGGGAUGGCUCCUCCAACACGACCGUGCGGGGGUGCCCGACGGUGACACACAACUUCACGCGGAGCGGCACGUUCCCCCUGGCGCUGGUGCUGUCCAGCCGCGUGAACAGGGCGCGUUACUUCGCCAGCAUCUGCAUGGAGCCAGAGGUGGGCAACGUCACCCUGCAGCCAGAGAAGCAGUUUGUGCAGCUCGGGGACGAGGCCCGGCUGGUGGCAUGUGCCUGGCCCCCGCUCCCCUACCGCUACACCUGGGACUUUGGCACCGAGGAAGCCGCCCCCGCCCGUGCCGGGGGCCCUGAGGUGACGUUCAUCUACCGAGACCCAGGCUCCUAUCUUGUGACAGUCACCACGUCCAACAUCAUCUCCGCUGCCAAUGACUCAGCCCUGGUGGAGGUGCAGGAGCCCGUGCUGGUCACCAGCAUCAAAGUCAAUGGCUCCCUUGGGCUGGAGCUGCAGCAGCCAUACCUGUUCUCUGCCGUGGGCCGUGGGCGCCCCGCCAGCUACCUGUGGGAUCUGGGGGACGGUGGGCGGCUCGAGGGUCCGGAGGUCACCCACGCUUCCAACAGCACAGGUGACUUCACCGUUAGGGUGGCCGGCUGGAAUGAGGUGAGCCGCAGUGAGGCCUGGCUCAAUGUGACGGUGAAGCGGCGCGUGUGGGGGCUCGUUGUCAAUGCCAGCCGCACGGUGGUGCUCCUGAAUGGGAGCGUGAGCUUCAGCACCUCGCUGGAGGCCGGCAGUGAUGUGCGCUAUUCCUGGGUGCUCUGUGACCGCUGCACGCCCAUCCCUGGGGGUCCUACCAUCUGUUUACACCUUCCGCUCCGUGGGCACUUUCAAUAUCAUCGUCACGGCUGA